CCGAACACGUGCGCGGAAGGCAGCCGUUGUUUAGCAGGUGUAGCAGUGCGUGAUGACUUUUUGAACUCGUGAAAGUGAACCGCCAAGACCCCUGUGACACGCUUCUUACCAGGGAAGAAAGCUGGAGCACCGGGUAAUGCUUCCGUUACAGUGCUUGAGCGUGCCCUGCUAAGCCCGGGGACUUGCGACGCUGGGCACGACGUCAGGAGCAGUUUGAAGCACAAUGGAGCACCAUAACCUCUUGGUCCAUUGAAAGAGGAAAGGCUCAAGCUAUACAAGCAUGGCGCAGUCGAGAGCGUAAAGCAUUCCCGGCCCAGGCCCGGCGCACUGCAGCGGGCUGUAAAAGAAGUUGACAGUGGUUAACUAACAGUGGGGUAACACAGACUCGAGCCGGAUCUAGGCACGGGCCCGGCCCAGACCCGUAAAGGUCAAACUCUGGCCCAGCCCAGGCCCGCAAGAGGAGGCCUUACUCGACUCGGCCCGGACUCGGGCUUUCGGAUUCUUCCGAAAUUCCUCUUGGUGCUCGAAAGUAAUGGACAGCGGACCAUUUCAUGCCAAAGGAAGGUUUCAGAAGACUUCGAGGCAUUAGAAGCUCCCCAGUAAACAGAAGCGGCCACGUACCGCGCGGGAAAAUGCUCAAGUGACCGCAGCGCGCUCACGGGGCAAGCGGCAGCGGAUGCCGUGUACCGACUGCAGUUCCCUGUUUCUGGCAGCCGGGCUGGGCUGCAUGAUCACACUGACGGUCAUCGGCAACGCGCUCGUCUGCAUCUCAGUCUUCGUGGUGCGCCGCCUACGACAUCCUUCCAACCACCUUCUUGUAUCCUUGGCUGUCUCAGACCUGUGUGUCGCACUCCUAGUGAUGCCUCUGGCCCUCCACUUCGAAGUGGCAGGACGGUGGGACCUGGGGCCUACUGUAUGCGAUAUGUGGGUGUCCUUCGACGUCACUAGCUGUACAGCGUCCAUCCUCAACCUGUGCAUGAUCUCUGUGGACCGAUACCUAGCCAUCACACGCCCUCUCACGUACGGUGUCCGCCGCACGGCGCGUCGCAUCUGGAGUUGCAUCGGCGCAGUCUGGCUACUGUCCUGCCUCAUCAGUGUUCCUCCGUUACUUGUGCUAGGUAACGAGCAUGGUACAGCCCAUGCACCAACAUGUUUAGUCUGCCAGAGCGUUGGGUACCAGCUGUACGCAACGCUCGGAGCGUUCUACAUACCUUUAAUAGUAAUGAUCGCGUUGUACUACAAGAUCUACGUGGCCGCCAAGAGAGUGGUGGACGCUGAACGUCAAGCUCAGGUUGCCCAUCGCGUCUUCACGGAAAACGAAGGCAGUUCCUUCUUUGCAGCGAACAAAGAUGGUGGCAAGUCAGCUAAGCGCCAACUUAUACGCAAGUCGUCGGUGCUUCGCGAACGCAAAGCAUCCAUCACGCUCGGUAUUAUUAUGACUGCGUUCACAGCCUGCUGGUUGCCCUUCUUCGUGGUAGCAGUUCUGCGACCCUUGGCUGGAACGAAUGUUCCGCCAGCAGUCCAUAGCUUCACCCUGUGGUUAGGCUAUGCCAACUCCAUGUUGAAUCCAGUCAUCUACGUCACCUUUCAUCAUGAUUUCCGCCGUGCGUUCCGCGAGCUCCUUUGCUUUCGCUGUUCGUCAAUCAAUUCGCGGAUGCGUUCCGACUCGUUUUCUAUGAAGGGCGGUCCACCCAUUCGCCUUUCGGACACAUCUAUCGCCCUAACGAAUCAUCAUGGUUGGGACGGAUCAUGCAAGGACUGCUUUGUAGGUAGGAUACGGACUACGAAGAACGCCAAUCGCAGUGAGCUGUUUGUAUGACGCAUACAGACCUCCUAUCCGUGACGCACCUGUGUUCUGCUUCUUUGAGUGCAUGCCUUCAGACUGACACAGUUCCUAUAUACGAAGCGCGUGGAGAACUCCAACCAAUCACCAACCUCAUAUCUGCUGUUUUACUGUUGUGUGUGAGUCUUGCUUCCUGAAAACAAAAAAGGGGUACCAUGGUACAAAGAUCCAACGGGGGCAUCAAGAACCGCUGUGCGUUCUUUCCCUGCGAUUGUAAUUACGAUUGUUAGAUAUAUACAGGCGGUUACUCGCCGUAAUCCUACCAGAUGUACCGAAGUUUCUAAAGUGAGACGAAGUUAUAGUUAUCUGAUCCGGACGAUUUUUGAUAUUGUGUCGUGUUAAUCGUCUUCUAAUGCUUCAUACGUCUGGAUUCUUCUGUAGGGAGAGCUGUUUAGAGCUGCCAAUGCUUGGCCCUUCCACUACAAAAGGGUAUCUUGGCCUUGAACUCAAUAUACUCCAGGAAGAGGGCCUUCGCGCUUGUCCUCUUUGAGAAAGCCCUUUUGGUUAUUGAUCUGUUUUCAGCCGGCGGUGUCACCGGCCUGAUAACCCCCACUGAGGUUUACUUUUCCGUUGUUCAAUUGAUUGAUGUGUGCGGAGCCUUAACAAAGGUUUUACGCAAAAAUUGGGUUCUGCGCCAGACUGCGACCGAAAUACGUAACGCUGUGUGGGGUAAGUGAUUUAGUAUGUAACUCACAUGAACAGUUCUAACUUAGAAUAUCCCCUCUUGCUUGUACAGAUAAUUCUCUAGUGGUCCCCAUGACUAUAGCGAUGCACGCCAUACUUACCUACCAGAGUGUUGAUGACUGUGUCUUUCGUAUUUAUUUCUACAUGGCAAUGAUAAUCAGAUAUGUGCACAAAACGGUCACAAACUUCAGUUGCGUGCUUUGUUGGCCAGAUAUGGAGAGAAAAUUUAAAGACACCAAUAAAGUACUUAGUACCUGCCCA